AGUUAUUAGUGAACCAUGCGGGAACAUAGAUAAGAAGGAGAAGAAGUUGAGUGUUGAACUAUGGUGGCCCCUCAAACAGUGCAGCAUCUUGACAACACGAUCGCAGCGCAAUCGCAGAUAUCGACACCAAUCAGCCUUUUUGCCCCCACUUGUGAUAGAAUGUACUCGGGCAGCUACACUCAGCUGUCGCCCACUAGCACCACGUCUUCAAGCAGCGACAACUACGCAACCCAAGUGCCUCUGGAGACCUUAAGGAGCCCCCUGGACUAUUCGCCGCAUUACCAGAACCCCUACCCGCCCCGAUACAGCAACUGUUUCUACACACACUCUCCACCCUCUGCCGAUAUUGCUACCAGUGGCUAUCAGCCGCAUCAGAAUCAAAUCUAUUCACCCUGGGGCCAGCCCAGCUACAUGAACCCAUUUGGAAGCUCGCCCAACAUCAUCAAUCGGCCUACGAUAGGAGUGAACUUCCCCAGCUACACCGGUAAAGCUAGGCGCUGUAUUAAGUGCCAAUGUCCCAACUGUAUUGAUGAGGAGAAUGGGAUCAAGAAGCCGUCCUCGAAGAAAGUGCACAUUUGCCACUAUGCAGGCUGUGAUAAGGUUUAUGGCAAAACGUCGCAUCUUCAAGCCCACUUGAGGUGGCAUUCGGGCGAAAGGCCGUAUGCCUGCCAUUGGAUGUUCUGCGGAAAGCGCUUUACUCGAUCUGAUGAGCUUCAGAGGCAUAUGCGGACCCAUACUGGGGAAAAGCGGUUUUCCUGCACGGUUUGCUCCAAGCGCUUUAUGCGAUCGGACCAUUUGGCCAAGCACAAAAAAACCCACAAGAAUCCCAAGAAAAGCGAAGAACCAGCCAAGGAGCCGAAGGAGAAACCUGCGACUGUUAAACCUCCAGAUUCAAGACUGGCCGAGAACGUGCCUACUACUCAAACAACACCAGCCAAUGUGCCUGCUCAAGUUACGCGUGUUGCGGACAAUUUCAAUCACACGUCGAACAUGUUUCCCUCCAACUAUCCGUCAGUGCGAUUUCAUCAGAACUUACCAUCAACUUACAAUAUGGUGCCGCAUGGAAGCAACCUGAGCGACUACAGUCCUCAACUGUAUUCAGCACAUAAUCAGUAUUUCUCGGAUUACGCCUAUAUGUAGAACCCGUUUGGACUGUUUUAGCGGAUAUGUGCCAUAAAAUUGUACAUUGUUUAUUUUUGCAAGCCCUGUUGACUUUAGGCUUAAUUGUGUUCGUACUAUAUUUGUAAAAUACAUUGAAAAACAGAAAUAAAUCUUCUA